AUGUUAACUUCAAGUGGCCCGGAUUGGCAAAGGCAAAGGAGGACCAUUGCCCCAUUUCUUAAUGAGAGCAUUAGCGAGGUCGUUUGGGCCACAAGCUGUCGUCAAGCCAGAGAAAUGCUUACAGAUAUAGAAACCCGAGGCGACCUUGUUUCAAAUACAGUAAUCGUAGGGCUUAAAAUUAUCGCUAUCAAUGUUCUCGGAGCUGCUGGCUACGGUAUUCAAAAACCUUGUGUAGCAUCCAUUGCAGAAAAGUCAGAAACAUCAAUCUCGAGCUCCUUUUUCAGCUCCAUAUCAAUACAAGCUCAAGGAUUCAUUCUAGCUGCCCUUAUUCCACUUUUUGUCUUGAAGAUGCCAUUUGUGUCACAGGCACUUCAAAAACCAGCAGUUGCCAGGCGGGAUUUUCCUCAGUAUGCGAAGGGGAUGAUUCAAUUCGAGAGAGCUCAACAGGCCGAGAAAUCUGUAAGGAAAAACAGUUUUAUAGGAAUGCUGGUCAAAGAAUUGGACGGAAAGGAUCCGACAAGUGAAAGCGCAUCCGUCCAAAACACGUCGAGCCUGACUCCGUUGGAAGUAGAAGGGAACCUGUUCGUAUUCGGCAUAGCUGGGUACGAGACGACAGCGAAUUCAAUGGCGUUCGCGGCUGUAAAUCUUGCAACUUACCCACAAUGGCAGGACUGGCUCAUCGAAGAGAUUGAUGUGGCCAAAGACAAUUCUGGACACACUUACGAGCAGACAUUUUCUAAACUUUUCGAGAUAACUCGUAUCUACAGUCCUGUAGGUAGGACGAGCCAUGUUGUAACUGCCGAUCAAUACGUUGCCCUUUCUUCGGGCCGUACGCACAAAAUUCCAUCGGGCUUAGGAAUUGCAUUCUCAAAUCAAGGCGUCAAUCUGAAUCCAUCUAUUAAUGUACCAGAUCCAUCUUUAUUUCAUCCUCAACGCUGGCUUUAUGAUACAUCAGAUACAGAAGGCCAGUUUAUUGCAACAGAAACUGGUCAAUCCGCCAAAAGGAACGUACCUCGUAUGGUCUAG